GAAAAAGAUGAGCAAAGUUUAUCCGAAAGAUGACCAUGAUGACAGUGAGAACAAUUGUACUAAUGAAGUCCUCCUAGAAGAAGAUGUCGAUAAUGAACAUGCCAGAGAUACUCAAAUAUCUAGAGAGGAGAACAAAGAUGGCUUACAACUGGAUGAGGUCGGUCAGCAAGAAUCUAGUGAAGAAGAGUUAGCUGAUAGCAUCAUAGGAGAGCAAAAGAAACUGUUAGCAACAGAUAAUGUCUUGAAAGAAGAGAAUAAAAAUAUGAAUACUGAAGAAGAGCUUAAAAAGGAAUUAAUAGAUUCUGAUCCUGAUGAUAGCUUCUCAAAUCAAGAAGAUCAGGAACAACUGGAUCCAUUUUCACAAGGAUUCUGCCAAAAAGAUGGAUUUUCACCAUUUAACUUUUUCGGAUUCAUGGAUCCUCCUGGUAUGGGAAAUAAGAACGAAAAGAACCAAAAAGAGUUCAAAGAAAUGAAUAAGGACGAAAUAUCAUCAUACAUUGGCGACGCCUGGAUGAAACGUGAAGAUGUGAAAAGGGAGAUAGAGAAGUUGAGGGAUUGAGAGAGGGAGCAGAUUCAGAAUAAGAGUGUUAGGGUUGGAGAUCAGGUUAUUUUUAAGACGUAUGAUCAGAGGAUGGGGGAUUAUCAGUAUUUGGUAGCUGGAGAAAGCUUCAUGUGGCUUGAAGGAAAAUUUGAGGCAUUUGAUUUUACCAUCGAGCCAUUACUAAGUGAGACAUCCCAUACAAUCACUACUCUUUAUAAAGAAAAAUAGGAGUUCUCCUAAUUCUGGAUGGAACCAGAAUGAUAGGACUAAGUUCUAUGAAUCUGAAAUAAAAAUAGUGAAGAAUAACCUUGCUUAUCUGCAUCAGACCCAGAAAUACCCUCUGAAUCUGAACCAGCCUUUCCUUAUCAAACGUCCUGAAGAGAAUAGAAGAGAAUUUGAAUUCCUAAUUGAAGGUUCGAAGGAGAAAAUAGAUAUCAGUAAAUGGGUGCUAGUUGAUGUAAAUGAAAAUAGUGAAGAUGUAGCUGUAAACCCUCUUACUUCCUAUCAUCUCUCCACUCUUAUAAACAACAAGUUCUAUUACCUAAAGAAAGACCGAGACUCUAUGUUGACACCUGAGAAAGAAGAAGGAAAACGAAUUGAACUUGACGUUGUGGAGAAAGAUAACACUGAUAACCCAGAUAAAGCUCAAAGAAGAAUAACUUAUGAUGAUUGUUAUUGAUUAUUCGAUCACAAACACCAAUUUGUGAAUAUUAGCAAAUGUUACAUUGACAGGGAUUUGCUUUAUUCUAAUGCAGAUAAAGGAAUAAUUACAACAAAGUGUAUUUCAUUUUCAGAAAUAUUAUUACAAAAUUAUUUUCAGGUGCAAUACUUCCCGAGUCAAUCUAAGAUCUCAUUUAAAUCAAAAAUACAAUUCUAUGAUCAAAUGUGGGACGAAUAUAAAUAUAAGUUCUUGGGAUAUGAGAAAGAGAAACUCACUCUCUUGAAUGAUGAAUAUCUCUUUGAAAUUGAAAAAGUAGAGAAAGACCCUAUUGUUCUCACAAAUCAACCAUUUAUGCUAAAAAUUUCAAGCAAUGCCAAAUACCUUCAGAGCACACCUUCUAAGAUAAAAGGAAUGAAUAAGAUAUAGAAGUGUCUAGCUUUGACUCAAUGAAUCCUGAUUCGUUCUAUUUCUACCUUCAUCAAAUAAAGGGGCACUCUGGCUUAUCUCCAUAUGAUAUUGAUAAGUUAGACUCUCAUCUCAAAGAUGGCAGGAAAAAUAUGAAACAGAAAGAUUCUGAUGAAGGGUCUGAAAUUGAAAAGUUGACGGAAGGUUAUAGACUCAUGAAAGAAUACAUACACCUUUCUAUUUGGUUCUUCAGAGACAGACAGCCAAAUAAAACUAAAGGAAUGGGGAAUAAAAAGAUGUGAUGCUUUAAUAGAAAACUGGCCAUUUACCUUAAUAAAAUAUAUGACUUCAAAAGCGAUCUGAAGUUAUUAAAGCAGAGAAGACAAGAGCUUAUUCAGAAAGAACAAGAUUUGAAUAUCACUGCUUUUCGACCAUCAUAUUUUUACUCCCAUUGUUGAGAAUACAUUCUUGCUCUUGGAUGUUGAGAAUCACAAUAUGCAACCUCUUCUGCCUUAAAAGAGGCUAAGAAUAUAAUUACUGACUCUCAAGAAUGAGCAGAAGGAGAUAAUGAUUCAAGGAGAGUAAUGAUGCUGAUUAAAAUAACGAAUGAAACUCACAGAGUUGGCAGCACAAGUUCUAAAUUGACUGAACACAAUAUCUUUGAAAUUGAAUGUUUUAUACCAUUCAUUCAAUAUGAGCUAGACAAAGAAAUCAGCCAUGCCAAUUUAAGUAUCCUCCUUGGGAUUAUUUCCAAUAAAUACAGAGACCACCGUGCAGUGUGGAGUUAUGACAGUACCAACUCGGAAGCGAUUAAGUAUAUCUGAGAUAAAUUAGAUCAAGAAAUUGGGAAGUUUGAAGACUUAGAUCUCAUUGAAAUGGCUAAUAAAUCCAAUAUUGCAAAUAAUGAAAAAUUACAAGAUCAAAUAUUCACUAAAGCAAUGUUUUGAGAAGGAAGGAAGCAAGCCUAUUUUAUGGUUCAGAACCAAAAUAGUUCUUUGAGAGAAUUAAUGAAACUAUUAAUUUAUAGCUAUGGUUUCAAAACUGGCUUAUACACAGACUCUUCUUUUAUUAAUAAAGGAAAUGAGUGGAUCAUCAAAGGUUUUACCUCUUCAGAGACUAGCCCUCAUAUUAAAGGCCUUCUGCUGAGAUUGUUCUGAAACAUUAAUAUUCCUGAUUCACAUUCUGAGAAUUUGCUACAAACUCAAGAGGAUAUUAUUAGUAAAAUUCUUGAUGUGAGCCUUGAAACUUUGAAUUCUUUUGAGGAUGAUGAAUCUGUUGAGGAUUUGUUUUUGCUUUGAGAGAUAUUAGGACUCAUAAUCUGUAUGCUCAGGUCUACUUAUCAUAGCCAAAGUAUUCUUUGAAGCCUAAAGGUAAAUGUAUCAUUAAGAUCCCUUUGCAUGCUUUUAUCCAAGUGAUCAGAGAUGUUCAUACUCCCUAAACCUCAUGUUUUUGACUCUACUGAAGGAGUCAAAAUUUAUUAUGAAGACUUGAUAAGAGCAAAUGAUGCUGCUGUGCAUGAUAUAUGACAUGACGUUGAUGUAGUAAUGCAGUCUUAUAAAAGAGAGAUUGUCACCAAAGUUUUUCAAAUGCUAAAUAUUAUUUCAGAAAUUGAGAAAAAGCAAAAGGAAGAACAAAAAGAAGGAUCUCAAGGCCAAUUUCCGUUUCUUCAAGAUAUAAUAGCAAAUUCUUGAGAUGUAGAUUCAAACAAUUUUGUAAAUACUCUUCAGAAAGUUAUUAUAAAAUGGAUGAAUUUCGAUGACGAGUUCCAAAUUUCAUCAGAAAUUUACAACUUUCUUUUAUAUUUUGAUACUCAAACUGUGCAAUGAGGUAAAGAAAAUCUCAUAAAGAAAGAGCUUUGCCAAGAGGUAUCUGGUAAUGAGGAAUUUAAGAACCAAGUCGAGUUUUUCAGACAGAAAAUUGAUCAAAUGAAAUCUGAUUUUACACUCGCUAAAGAACAAAACAAAAGGCAAGAAGACUUGUGUAAAACUUAUCUUGAGGAUAUUUAUAAUUUGAUAUCUUUGCUUGUGAAGCUCCAUGGUCUCUGAGAUUUUGAACAAGAAAACCAAGAGAAUUUUCUCCAGUUUAUCAAUCAAUUUGUUUCAGACUGAUAUGAAUGUCUAAUAGAGACUAUUAAAUUUUCAAAAGUUGCAAAAAUGAUGUGGAAAUUCAAUGGCUAUUUCUUCACAAUUAUUUGGAAUAAUCAGCUCUGAGAUAAUCUUCAUCAACAGUUGGUAUCUGAGAUCUUAAUCCAAAGCAAGAUUGAAAUGCUCAACUUAGAUUCUUGUAAUCUUCUGAAGAAAAUAGCCUCUUCAAGAGGGCAUUUGUUUGAAGAUAAAGAAAAAUUAAUAAAACAAGAAUUAGAACCAGAAACAAGCAAAGUUUGAGGAUUUGAAAGAAAUGAAACUAGGAAUACAGAUAAAAUGUUUGAUUAUUUUGUUCAGAUCAUAAAGAAUAAUUGCAAAACAGGAUCUCAACAAAAGAUAGAAUCUUUAAAUAAAAUUGUUUCUUAUUGGAAAAAUCAAUCCUGAGUUGAAAACUCAUCAGUUAAUAUAAAAUUUUCAGAUACAAAUCCGACUUUUCUUAAAAGCAGUAUUGAUCAAUUGAAUAACCAUAUCAAAAAUCCUAACGAUACAAUGAGAAAUCAAUCAAUCCGAAGGUUCCAAUUAUUAAUACACAAGCUUUUCUUUAAUAUCGAAGUGAUUGAUCCAGAAGACGAAACAGAAAGCUACAUCUUCCAUUCCUUAAUUCUGCUUAAUGAGAUAAUUGACCAUAACAUAAUGAACCAUUCUGAGAUAGCACAGAUGUUUUAUACAAAACACGCUACCAAUGUACUGUUCUCUCUAAUUCUAAAAGAAUAUAAUUCCAUAAAGUGUGCAAGCAAAAUGCGACAAUUUGCUUAUAUAUUACUUAUCAAACUGAUGAAAUUAGAUAUUACUGCUGCAAGAAGAAGCUUCAGAAUUUGGACUUACAUAAAUGAUAACAAAAGGGUUUUAGAAAGAAUCGCCAGUCUGGCCAACCAAUUCAGUAUGAUAUUCAUAGAUGAAGAGUUGAGUUGGUUAGUAAGCAUUGAUUUGAAGGAAACAGAUUACCAAGAAUUACUUUUGUCCAUCGAAUGGCUUACGAUCUUAUGACAGAAUAAUAAGCAUUGGCAAGAUUAUCUCAGAAAGCAAGAUAACUCUUAUCAUAAUCAUAACAUUAUUAAUGCUAUCAUUGAAUUGUUGAGAACAAGUGUUCUCCGACUUAACCAUGAAUAUGUUGUUGUUUUAUUAAGAGCCAUGACCAAAUUUAUGACAGAAACAGUGAAUGGUCAGAAUGAAGCCUUAUCCAGUCAAUAUGCCAACUCAACUGUUAUUAAAUAUUGAAUAGAAAUUUUAAAAUAAUGGAUUUUCUUGAGAAGAGGUUGAAUUCAUGAAAAAUGUAAAUAAAGAAUCUUCUUUCCAGAUUAUGAAAAAUGAAAUAGAUGAAGAUCAGAUAGAGCCAAUUUUGACAAGAUCUCAUUUGUUUAACUUACUAAAACAAGAAGUUUUGUGUCUGAUUAACUCUUUACUGCUUCCCACAACAAUGCAUCAAAUUAACCCUCAAGAGAAUUAUCAAAUUAUUAAUGAUUUAAUGGUGAUUAGCUAUAUUCAAUUCAAAUUUUACAGAGAUGAGAGCUAUGUAUCUGAACUAUUUGAUGAAAAUUCGAAAUUGUAUAAAACAUACAAUAUAAAUGUAGGUUUUCAAUGCUAUUACCUAAUCGCUCAGUUAUGGGGCAAUAAUGGGCAACCAAACUUCAAUUGAGUCCAAAAAAUUGACACGGAAGGAGCAUUUAACCAAUAUUGGAGAUUAUUAAAGCAUUUUUACUUUCUAAUUAAUCCUUUGAAAGGCAAGCUAUUACCUAUUUCUCAAACAGGCUAUAAAUCUUUUGAGAAAGAAGAAAACUUGAUUGUUAAAGCAAAUAAUUUCUUUGAUGGUCAUAGCUCAUGAAUUGAAAUUGUAAUGAAAAAUGGUGAAUUAGUAAAGAGACACUUUGAAAUUUUAAGCUGAUUUCUGUCAUUUACGCAAACAGAAAAAGAUAACUUCUGGCUAGAUGCUAACUUGGAUAAUAGUAAGACUGCUGUUAACUCUUUUGUUCCUUUUGCAUCAGAUAAGGUCGAUGAAUUAUUUAUCCAACAGGAGGUUCAAAAUUUAGCUAUUUGACUAGGAGAAGUAACAAAGAAAAGUAAUUGGCUUACAGAUAUCUUGAGAUUACUAAUUCUUGGAAUAAACUUUAUCUUAUUCUUUGCUCUUGAGACUCAUAAAGGAAAGCAUCUUGACAAUCCAAAGUUAUUUGGACUAAGUUAUGGAGAAACAAAAAUUAUUCUUAACACCUUUGGAAUUGUAAUUCUCUUGAUUUUCUGCUACAUAACCAUUGUCCAAGGAAUUAUUGUAACAAAGUUGCAAGGAAGAAGAUCUAUUCAGCAAGAUGAAAAAUAUGCUUCAGGAAAAUGAUCAAGAUUCCUAAGAACGUGUUGGUAUAUGAUCCAAAAAUAUGAUAAAACUCUUCAAUCAAGAAGUAUUUGGUGUUUGCUACUUUGUAUUGGGUUUUCAAUAGCAGGGGUUGCUUCUGAUUACUUCUGGUUCUCUUUCACUCUUAUCUACUUGGUUAUUUUCUCCCCCAAAGCUCUGGAAGUCACUAGUGCAGUUUGGGAGCCAAGAUGGAGAAUUGUGUCUACUGUUAUUCUGAGUGCUAUUACUUUAUACUGGUUCGCAAUAGUUGCAUAUGUAUAUUUUGGAAAAGAUUUUAAUGGAGUGAUUGAAGAAUCCAAUCUUACUCUAAGAAGAAGUCUAGUCGUAAUUUUUGACUCUUGGUACAAGUUUGGACUUGGUGCAUUCUUGGCUGAUAAUGGCAGAUCUGCCAUAAUGCAAGAUGUAGAAGGAGAAAAUAAAUAUAAAAUCAAAGAAGCAAGGAUGGGAUUUGAUUUCGCAUUCUUCUUUAUUGUUCCUACUUUACUCCUCAGUAUCUUGAGUGGAAUAAUCAUAGAUAACUUUGGAGAAAGAAGAUCAAAGAGUGAUUCUAUCCAACAGAGGCAAAAUGAUCAAUGUUUUAUUUGCGGUGAAUCCUCCAGUGACUUGCAAGACUUCGAAGAACAUUGAAAAUUUAAGCAUAAUAUUUGGGAUUACAUGUAUUACAUCGGAUAUUUAAGAGCUAUGAAAGCUAACAAAAGAAAUGAUUAUAGGGAUAUUCAUGUGUACAAUUGUCUUCAACUAAACAAAAAUGAUUGGCUUCCAGCAUAUAGAGAUUUUGUUAUUCAAGAAGCAGAAAAAGAGAAACCAACAGAUAUUCUUGGAGACAUUAUUCAAGAUCCCAUCGAAGAGACUAUGAAUCAAGAAUCAAACAAAGAGUCAAAAGUAGGCGAGGAUAGAGAUGAAGAUAAAGGGUCAAAUAAAGAAAUAUCUGCUCUAAAAGAAGAAAUAAAAUGUCGAAAUGAGGUUCUUGAAUCAAAAAUUAAUGAAGGAAAUGAAGAAAUCAAACAGAUAAAACAUGAAAUGGACGGAUUUAAAAAUGAAAUUAAACAGGAAAUCCAACAGAUGAGAUCACUGUUUGAGGAAUUCUUGUCAAAAACUAAAUCUAAAGCAAGUUAAUAGUUUGAUAAGAAAAGCUACUUAUCGCAUUUAUAAAUUGC